AUGACUCAUGACCAAAUGACUGCGGUUUCAAUGAAAUUAACUAAAGAUAUUUUAGAAUGUGUAUGUGCAGAUAGGGUUGGUAUAACUGCAGCCUUUGAUGGUUGGAUAAACAUAAAACAGAAGCACCUUUUUGGUGUUGUCUUAAUUACUUCUCAGAGUAUAUCUUUGAUUUGGAAUGCAUGUAAUAUUAGUAAUCUACAGUCAAAAACUGAAAAUGAUAAUAAUGAAGAUUUUGCACAAGAAUCAGAAGAAUCAUCUGUAAGUAACAAUGAAACUUGUUCACCAACCACCAAUAAUUCGCCAAGUGAAGUGGCUAAAGUAACUGAAACAACCAAAGUAACUGAAGUAACCAAAAUGACCAAAGUAACUGAAGGAGACAUAGCCGAUGAGGCUAAAACUUCUGAUGAAGAAGAGGAUUGGUCAAAUAUAAUUGAGAACUAG